GUCGCAACCACAAGUGGGCGGGCUUAUGUCUGGACGAACAGCAGUGUACAGCUUCACUUUCCACUGCACUCAUUCUUUUGUUAUGAAAACAAAAAUAUCAAAAAGAGAAUGAAACAAUGAUCGACUCGGUGACUCUGUAGACAUCUAAAGCAACGAUCGAGAUCAGCUUUGUGUCCUGAGAGAAGCGCUGGAAAUGGACCCAUUUACUCCAGGAUCGCCACCUUCUUCUCCUACUGAUUCCAUCUCUCUAGCAUCUCUUGUGUCUGGACAUGCUUCUCGCACAGCUUCCUCCUUUUCAACACCAGGCCCUUCCUCUCGGGUGUCUCCACCCUCUCCUCCAGCCCCACAGACCGGUCGCGCUCAGCUAAAUGCAGCUAGCGAUGUGCCAGAAGGCAGGGCCACCAGUGGAUCUUCUUCUCCUGCAGGAAACAUUCCAGAGGAGCUGGACAUAGAGGAGCUUAAGAAGAGGGCUAAGAAUGGAGAUUCCAAAUCACAGACUGAGGUUGGCAGGCAUUACUUGCGGCUGUCUGAGCAUGAAGAUGAAGAAGUGAAUAGUGUCACAGCAGUAACAUGGCUUUUACAAGCAGCAAAAAACGGAAGGAGGGAUGCCGUGAAACUCCUGCAGUUUUGCUUGCAUGAAAGAAAAGGCAUCACAGCUGAAAAUAGAGGGGAGGUGUGUGCCUUGGUAUCAGAGUCACGUUUUGAGCGUUCUGUGAGGAAAGCGGCACUGUCCAUGUACUGGAAACUCAAUCCGGACAAAAAAAGAAAGGUAUCUACCUCGGAACUGCUAGAAAGCGUUAGCCACUACAACACUGAAACAGAUGGCGCCACAAACAACAUACUUUCAAGUCCAGCUCCGAAACAGAGGAAGGUCUUAGAACGCCUUGUCUCCAGCAGUGGGACUGAGUAUGUUGGCGUCGACGAUUUUGUCGAAAAUGCCAAGCGUUAUGCACAUGGUAUUUCACCAUCACUGGAUUUUGAUGCAGCAGUAGACAGUGAUGACGAUGACGAUGAUGAUGAUGGACCUGUGAAGAAUCCAGAUGAGUUACCUUUGCAUCAAAAGAUACUGAAGUUUCCCCUCCAUGCUGUGACAGAGGUAAAGGAGGUGUUGAUUGAUUGGGCUUCCCGCGCUGGAAUGCAGUGGAUCAGCGCCCUUAUCCCGACUCACCAUAUCAACACUCUUAUUUUCUUCUUCAUCAUCUCCAACCUUACUCUAGACUUCUUCCUUCUUGUCAUUCCCCUUGUCAUCUUCUACCUCUCCUUCGUCUCGAUGGUCAUCUGCACGUUGAGGGUGUUCCAGAAUAGUAAAGCAUGGGAGAGCUUCAAGACCCUGACAGCUAUGCUGGCUCAUUUCGAGCCAGGAUUGGACCUUGAGCAAGCUGAGUCCAACUUCACCUGGACUCAUCUGGAGCCUCACCUGUACUUCCUGCUCUCCGCAAUUUUCCUCAUAUUCUCGUUCCCUGUGGCAGAUAAGUCCUGGCUGCCUUGUUCUGAACUGGCCACAGUGGCUGUCUUCUUCACUAUAAGCAGCUAUCAGAGCCUGCGUCCAGCUGCUCAGCAACAUGCUAGACUAGCCCUCCUUGCACAGUUUGCCUCUGCAAUUUGCUCUUUCAUUAAUGAGCUGCUUGGGGGUUGGGUGGGCCAAAUUGUGGGAGGGUCAUGGUUUAGAGUACCAAUCUGUGAUUGGUUGGUGUUGCAUGUGGGUGUGCCUUGCAUUCUGUACCUUCACCUCCUGUACCUUUGUGUCAGAAUGAGCACAGCACGAGGGUGGCAAGGGUCUUACAGCAUGCUUCUGCCCUACCUUCUCUGUUUCACUUGGUGCGAGCUAUCUGUCACACUUCUGCAUGCAUCCACUGCACUCGGACUCAUGCGCACAGCUGUGGGCUACUUGCUUUUCUUCUUUGCUCUACCUGUACUUACUCUAGUGCUGGCAGCUGCAUUGCUGGUGCAGCUAAUUCAGUGGUUCCUCGCUCUGGAGCUGGCCAAGAUGGCAGUGACGGUGUGUGUUUGUGUGGUGCCUGUUUUGUUGAGGUGGUGGACUCGUUUCAGCGUGUCGCCUCUUGCAGUGAUCCGAUCUCUGCGACGCAGUAGCAUGGUUAAACUGAUCUUGGUUUGGAUCUCCGCUUUGUUGCUCUUCAGCUGGUUCUAUGUAUACCGUUCUGAAGGCAUGAAGGUUUAUAACUCCACUCUUACCUGGCAGCAGUACAGUGAGACAUGUGGCCCUCGUGCCUGGAAGGAACGCAACAUGGCGCACACCCAGAUCCUCUGUAGUCAUCUUGAGGGCCACCGCGUCACGUGGGAAGGUCGUUUUAAAUACGUCCGUGUGACGGAAAUUGAAAACGGAGCACAAUCAGUUGUCAACCUCUUGCCUGGCGUCAUAGCAGACUGGGUCCGAUGUCUUUACGGAGAGGAGUACCCAGCCUGUGACGGCACCCAACCGGGGCCAGAUCCGCCUCUUUGCCAGCUUAAAGAAUUAGCAAAUCACAGGUGUCAUGUGAAACGUUUCGACCGCUACAAAUUUGAAGUGACUAUGGGUAUGCCGCUUCAGGAUAAGAAGGGCAAAUGGAUGCAAGAAUCUGAUGAUGCAACCAAAGACAUAGUGCUCCGGGCAAGUAAUGAAUUCCGUGGUGUGCUGUUGGCACUCAGUGCAGGCAGUGUUGUGGAAUUCAGUACUGUUCUGGAGGGCAGGCUGGGCAGCAAGUGGCCAGUGUUUGAGCUGAAAGCCCUUCACUGUAGGACUUGUACCUCACCUUUGGUACCUACAAGACGGCAAGUCAAGAUAGAGCAGGACUGGAGGAUUAAUGCCCGUAAUUCAUUUGCCUUUGCAUUUAACUUCCUUUUCCACCCCCUGCUCACUGCCCAGGUAGAAGAUGCUGUGCCUACAGAAGCUGCAGUGUGAUAGUGGACUAUUCACUCUGAAUAUGAUAAUCAAGAAGUUACUAAGCGCCUGUCACUUUUUCCCAAGGUUGUGAAGAAAUAUUUAUUGUUGACCAAUAGUUUUCUGCACAAAGUGCUGAUAUACCAAACUAUGUCAAUAGUUUGAGACCUAACCUUCUCUGUCAGGGCUAAAUGUAAAAUAAUUAAGAGACUCUUAUUCAGGAUGGUGGCCAAGUAGGGAUGACAUUUGUAUGACCUUAAGGGGUGUAAGUAAUGCCCUUCCAAGUGCAAAUGAUUAGGUGUUUCUUACAAAGAAACACAGUCUACUGCCAAGGCUCCUUAUUUCAGUCAGUGUUGUGGACCAAUUUUCUCCACAAAGAGCCAUUAUAGUUGUAGUUUUUGCAUUUACUUCAAAAACUUGCAGCCACAGUGAACCUAUGGGCAAAAUUGGACCUGUUAUAGACUUUAAAUUAUUCACUAAGGAGCUCAGGGUAAGGUAAUGGAUGUUAUUUAUGGCCGUGUUCUAUUUUUCUGGCUUUUUGCUGGACUAAGCACUAUUUUCAGUGGAAAAUUACUAUUGACAAAAUACUUUAGUCAAAGACUAACGAAAAAUCUAGCACAACUAUCAUAUUUGUUAUAUGUAUGAGUGUGUAUGGAUGAGAGAAAUCCUAAAACAUUUCCUACAGAAACCAGAGGUCACUAUACAUUAAAUCUUAAGGGAUCAGUUUAGCAGGUUUUGCCCCAUAUUUAAGCGUAGCACAAAUACAGUAGUACACUAAUUUCGAUCGGCCACAAAAUAUCUCACUUGUUGAGGUAUUUGCACUCUUCAGAUCAUAAUUAGGAACAGCCAUCCAAUUUCACAAACAAAACACAACUAUAAAAUGUGUAUUAAUGCUUUCUUUUCUUAUUGGAAUAUAUAAUAUUUAUUUUUUUUAAAUGUUUGGAGUGAUUUAAAUAUUAAUGUGGUCCUUAGUUAAGUGGAAAUGUGUACAAGAAUUUGUCGAUUUUUGAUCAAUCGUAAUAGAUAUUUCCAAUAGAGGAAUUACUUUUAUUAUUAUUAUUAUUAUUGAUGGCUUUAUUUAGAUUACUGAUUAUUUGUUAUUCUAUGUGAAUAAAAUCAGCACAGGGCAUUCUAGUAGCUGGUUAACGGUGAAAUUCAUUUCAUAUAAUUGGAAUCAUGGUACUGUAUGUGAUAAGCAAUUUUUAAAUACCUUUAUAUGCCAUUUGAUUCGUUAUAUUACACAGUAAUUGUAUUAGUAGUAAGAAUUGUAGUAGUAGUGUACUACUGUAUAAUGGAACUUGGAACCACUAUUACACAUGUACACUCACAACACUCAUUUUAACCUUCCUGAGCUGGACUCUACACCAGUAUACGGUUUUUCACUACUGUAGUAUCGCACUAAGAUGAAUAAAAGCAGUUCUUGAAUCA